AGUCGAAACGGCCCACUCGGGCAAAAUAAUACGCCAUGCAGUCCUGCCUGACGAAAUUCUUCCAGCCCCUGGACAGCUCCAACGCCGGCCAGUACCACCACCACCUCUUCCAAGAAGAAGAGGCCGACCGACUAGCGCGCGAACAAGAGCGCCUGGCGAGGAUCAAAGAGGAGCGCGACCGCCUUGCCGAGGUUCGGAGAGAGAGGAACCUGGCCAAGAGACAGGCGGCGGAGGCGCUUCGCGCGGAGGCGUGUGCGCGCCAGCGCGAGCUGGCGGAGAAGAAGCUCCGAGGCCAGCAGGUCGUUCCUGGUUUGUACGUCGGAGGAAGUCUCGCCGCCCAAAACUACGAGUGGCUCCGCAGAAUGUCUCUAGAGUGUCGGCUGAGGUGCAUUCUCAAUGUCACGCCCACUGUGGCCAACUACUACGACGAAUCCGCGCAGGAAGCGCCCGAGGACGCCGCCGACCUGCAGGUGCUGUCUAUCGCGCGCGCACUGCCAGACGACGAGUCGGCCGAACCGACCUGUCAAAAACCGUCAAAAAUUGACAACUCGGCAACGACCGCCAACUGCGCCGAGCGGGACGACGGCGCUCUCGACGCGCCGCCCCCGUCGUGCCGACUUGAGCUGAUCUACCGCAGGAUCCCAAUAGAAGACAGUCGAGAGGUCGACCUCUCUCCCUACUACGACGCCGCGGCCGAGUUCAUAGACCAGGCGAUUCUACGCGGCGAAUCCGUGCUCGUCCACUGCAAGGAGGGACGCUCCAGGAGCGUCUCGAUGGUCGUAGCGUACUUGCUUAUCAAGAGGAAGUGGACCUUGAAGGAGGCCAUCGAGGCCAUCGAGGCCGUCGUGCCCGACCACAACAUGAAUGAUGGAUUCGAGAGACAACUCGCCGAGCUGGAGAAAGAGGUUCACGGCAAAAACACCCUCUUCGAAGGAUCCAGGAGGUCGGCUAGACUUGCUCCGUCCAGGAGUGACGCCCUCGCUGGGUACCCGGGAGAAGAUGAGAAUGAAAAUGUAAAUGAGGGUUUUAUUCAAAACGGCGCAGAGGACUUCUCGCAUGCCUGAUUGAACACAUAUCAAUACUGAAGUAUUUCGGCUCUAUAUAAAAAAAAAAACUAUUUGGUU